GACCCCUGUAAAGAUUACUAUGCAUUUUUUUGAACCAGUCCUCUCCUUCUUGUAUGUCCAACCAAGGUAGUAUCAUUUACCUUCAGGAUUUUAAUGAAAGACCCACUAAGACACUUUGGGGAGGGGAUAAGUGAGCUUCAUCGAGCAGUCCUAAAACAUCUGCCAGUUUCCCUUCAGUUUCCAGUCUUCAUGAUCAUCAUGCUCAUCAUUUUGUGGUUCAUGAAUGAAAGUGUAGAGCCUGGCUCGCAACACUACACCAAGACACCAAUGAAUAAGCUGCAAGACCCUCCUUCAGGAGUGAAGGAUGGUGAUCGGAUGUCUGCAUCUGACCAGGAUUGUGACCAAGCUGUUGAUAGAAGUCUUGUCGAUAACGUGGGAAGUAGCAUCACUGCAGAGACAUUGGGCUUUGUCGAACCUCAACUUAGAAAAAAUGCAAACAAAGAAAAUGUUGAGGCGACUGAGAGUCCCUCUGUUAGUUCAAGGUUCACAAACCAGCAGAAGACACCUGAGAAGCCUGCUGCCAACACUGAUGAACCAGACAGCUUAUGCCCAACAUUUAGGAGCAAAAAGCUACAGGCCUUAAAAGAAAAAUACAUUAUUCAUCAAGAACAGAGAAAGGAUCAGUUCAAAAAUAGAUAUAGGACAGAUGCAUCAUUCCGGAAGAGACAAAUAAAUUAUGUUAAGUACAAAUUCAACUUUGUCCCCAGCUUUAGAGCCAGUCAUAAAACCUACAUGGCUGAUUAUAUGAGGAAACUGUUCAGAGAUGAUCCUCUCUUUAGAAGCAGGCAAAAAUCUUACAUUAGGAAUCGAUUCAGAAACGACCCAGUCUUCAGAAACCAACACAAAAAAACAAUGCGUGGAUAUAUGAAGGCAAAGUAUCACAGUGAGCCUGGCUAUCGAGUUAAACAUAAUAAAAAAUGUGCUGCCAACAGAAGAGGCAGACUAUCAAGACAAGUACUUUCCAAAAAUUUAACACUGCAGCAUGCUUUGCGAAUCAGAAGGAAGUACAAAAUAAAUGUAGGCUUCCACCUUGAAACUCCACGCCCUCUGAUGAGUGACAAAAAACGGACCCACAUAUGUUUGCACCAUGUGCCACAGAGCUCUUUUCCCCAAUCAAGUAAAGCACUGCAAACGAGAUAAAUAUACCAAGAAUAUGCGUGUGGUAGCUGAUUGUCUAACAGGUGCGUAUGUUCAUGUGUGUGGAUCUGCAUGCUCUACCCCAUGUUCUGUACCCGAAGAGAGGAUGGGGGAGUGGAUCUGCUACACAUGUGACAGCCAUCUAACUAGAGGAAAGAUGCCAUCGAUUGCUGCUGCCAAUAACCUUCACCUGGCUUUGGUUCCCACAGAGCUUGCGGAAUUGAAUGUACUUGAAAGGCAAUUAAUUGCAAAGAUUUUAUCUUUUGCAAAAAUUGUUUCCUUGCCAAAAGGACAGCAAAGGGCAAUACAUGGAGCUGUUGUUUGUGUCCCUUCUGACAUGGAAACAGUUGUAAACAGUCUUCCGAGGCCCCGUGAGGAAGCCCAGCUUUUAGAGAUGAAGCUUAAGAGAAAAACCAAAUAUAAAGGUUACCAAUACUUUUACACAGUCAACAUGAAAAAUGUCUUGGCUGCACUGAGAAAGCUUAAAGAGAGUCAUCCAGAUUACAAAGACAUUAGUAUAAAUGAAAGUGCAACAUUUGAGGGUUUCCAAGACGACCAGCAAGUUGAGGACUCGGAUAUGCAGGCAGAGGAGGCUGAAAUGGAUGCAGCAACAGACCAGCAGCCUGACCACACAGGGGCAGAGCAUCAGGCACUUCGCCCUGGUCUGAUCUUGGACACCUGCAUGCAGCCUCCUGACAUAGCACAAGAAGUAUUGUCAUAUGGAGAUGGAAUUUUCAGCAUUGCGCCGGCCCAGGGAAAUGACCCCAUCUCCUUCUUCAGUGUUCCGAGACUUGAAGCCAAGGCUUACCCUGUACAUUUCCCAACUGGAGUAAACACUUUAGAUGAAUCCCGUCGUGUUGCACUUUCACCGAGUAUGUAUUCAAUGUACGGCUUUUCUCAAUAGAUACUCGGUUUGCCAAAGACCAGAGUUACCUUUUCUUUGCUCAGUUUGUGACAGAAACUCAUAUUGCCAAUGAUAGUAUGUCCAUUCAGACAAGAAAAGGUAAACCAAGCACCAAAGAUGGAAAAAAUAUUUCCAGCAAAAUGCUCCAGAACAAAGAGGAGUUGGAAAAACUGAUCCAAAAUAAAGAGGCCACCCGUUUCAUGCAACCCUUGAGAGGAACUCCCGCUUAUUGGGAGAAAGGAUUACGGGAUUUGCACGCCAUGGUGAGGCAACUUGGAAAGCCCACUUUCUUUUGCGCAUUCUCCGCUGCUGAAAUGAGAUGGCCAGAAGUCAUUGAGGCCAUCAAAGGUCAACAUGGGGAGCAGGUAAGUUUUUCUGAGCUUGACUGGAAUGCAAAGUGUGACAUUCUUAGAAGUAACCCUGUCACCAUCAUGCGCAUGUUUGAAAAGAGAGUGGAUGCACUUUUUAGAGACCUCAUUCUUUCCCAAACCAGAAUCCUAAAUAUUUUAUUUGAUCUAUCCUUUCAAUAACAUUCUCAUAUAAUUUGAGAUUUGUAAUAAUAUUUAACUUUCUAUUAGUAAAAACAACAACUUUAGAUUUAGAUAUUGAGAUUCUAAAUCCCCAUUCUAAAGCCCAAGCUUCUACACUAUGUAACGCCUCUUGUAUUGCAUUAUACAAAGCUGACAGCAGGUGGUGCCAUCUUCUCUGAACGACAGGGAAACACUAGAAGAAGAAGAAGAGAGCAUGACGUUAAACAUCUGCACAGGGACAAACACACAACUGGAUCCAUUGUACUUCUUCCUCUUCUGAAUCCACUUUGACAUGCAGACAAAAGUCCUUUACUUUCAACGUAAUACGUAAUCCUUUCCAUUAUCUUUCUUUCCAUAAUCUUUCCUAAACAUAAGGUAAGUGCAAUUGGUCUAUAACUAGAAGGGUUUGUUGGAUCCUUUCCUGGUUUAAUAAUUGGCACAAUAAUUGCUUCCUUCCACUUCGAAGGUAAUCUUCCUUCUUUCCAGAUCUUAUUAUAUAAACCUAAAAGUUUUUCCUCAGCUUGAUUCCCUAAGUGUUUUAACAUAAUAUAGCAUAUCUGAUCUUUUCCUGGUGCUGUUAAUCCUGUUUUAGAUAUUGCUCUCUUCAUUUCUUGCAUAGAAAAAGAAACAUCCAUGACAUUACCUGGAGUUGUUCCACCCUCUAAAAUAAACUCAUUUGCCCUUCUAAACUCAUAAACUCAUUUGCCCUUCUUGUCUGCUCCCUCCUAAAUUUCCCCUCUUCUGUUAAAUUAUCUGAACUAUGGAUCUUUGCAAAUGUUCUUGCCAUUACUUCAACUUUCUCUUCAUUUGUUACUGCUGUUUCUUUUUCAUGUUUCAGAAUUGGGUAUGUUCUCUCCUGUAUAUUUCCCCUAAUUUUCUUAAUCAUUCCCCAAACAUUAGCUACAGGAGUUGUUCUGCCUAUUGAAUCACAAAAUUCUCUCCAUUUUGUCUUCUUUGCUUUCUUAAUAACUUUCUUUGCUUCUGCUUGAUCUUUUUUAUAUUCAAUUAAAUUUUUAAAAUUAUGUGUUCUUUUCAAUAUUCUAAAAGCUCGAUUUAUUUUCCUUAUUGCUUCACUGCACUCUUGUGUCCACCAAGGGACCUCUUUCUUUCUGCUCUUACCUUUACUUACAGGGAUUGUUAUUUUUGCUGCUUUCAAUAUAACUUCCCUAAUCUUUCCCUCUAUACUUAAAUGAUUCGUAUUGCAUCAACAACAAAUAUGACAACCACACACCUCUGCCUGUCCGUGAGAUCAUCCAGCGAGCUGAAGUCCUCAUCAACCAGGACGUGUCCUAUGACCUUCUGGGGAGAAACUGCGAGCACAUUGUGACCCUUCUACGCUACGGGGAAGGGGUUUCUGAGCAGUUUUGCGUGGAUUUACGAUGGAGAAGUAAAAUGGUGAGGAAGAAAAAACUACUGGUGUUUGAAAUUUGUGGAAGCAUGAUGUGGGAUGGAUAAACAACGACCAAACUCUGCUAUGGCCUCUAAUCAUUCUGCUGACCCUGACCCCUCUGCUGACCCUGAAACCUCUACUGAGCCAAAGCCAGGAGACCUCAUAGAGAUAUUUAGAUCAGGGUACCAGCACUGGUGUCUCUACCUGGGAGAUGGACUUGUCAUCAAUUUAACACCUGUUGAUGAGAGCCAGGCAGCCGCCAUGUCCAGCGUCAAGUCUGUGUUCAGCAGGAAGGCUGUGGUGCGCAUGCAGCUGCUGAAAGAGGUGGUGGGAAACGAUUCGUACCGCAUCAACAACAAGUAUGAUAACAACCACGCACCUCUGCCUGUCCGUGAGAUCAUCCAGCGAGCUGAAGUCCUCAUGGACCAAGAGGUGUACUAUGACCUGCUGGGGAGCAACUGCGAACACUUUGUGACCCUUCUACGCUACGGGGAAGGGGUUUCUGAGCAGGCUUCAAGGGCCAUGGGGGCCAUCAGUCUGGUGACGGUAGCAGCCAGUGCCUUCUCUGUCCUGGGACUGAUCAACACACGGUCCAGAAACAGGCCUUUCUGAACUCUGAGAUCUGCACUGCAGGCUGUUGUUCCCCAACGUUCAUGCAACUAUAAUAAAAGAAUCCAAAAACAAAAAUGAACUGAUGCUGUCAUGGAAAAAUUACUAUAAGGUCACAUUUGCUGGUCAUGUCAUAUGAUAUGCUUAUGAACUAUCACCAAAAGAAUUAUUUGGGUUUCAUGUAGAAGGUUAGAAGUUGUUUUUCCACUACUGCGUCAGAACCAGACUAUCUCUCCCUUUGUUUAAUUCUUUAUCGUUGGUAUAAAACUCAUGUGUUGUCUCUGCCUGGGAGAGCUUAGCAAGCUUUUCAUCCAGACCUGCUUCAUUACUGAUUGUCCUACAAGCUCUCUGUAUUGUGCACAAUAUAUGAAUAAACCUGACUGAGUGAUUUCACCUGAACAGUGCUUGGAAAUAGAAUUUUUUCCACGACAAUUUGGUGCCGUGACCCGGAUCCCUCGACUGGACAUCCGAGGACGUCGACGAACAGCGUUAAGGCGCCAACCUGGACUAAACACCAGCCUCAAACCUCGAUUAGGAUUUAAGAGAGAAGAGGGCUGUUGGUCGGCUCCACGGAUCCAGCGCUGGGAUCAACGAACUCAAAACCACUGUUAUCAGGUGGGAUACUCACUCAGGCUAACAAAUUAAUUUUACAAAUUCUAAAUUAUAAAAUCUAAAAUAGUGAAGGAUCCGAUAAACCUUUCACCCUGGGGAAUAGAGAUUGGCGUGUUAAGAAAAAAACGUUGGGUUAAAGUCCCACGAGAGAAUAAAUAAAAGAAAAGAAAAGAAAAGAAAAAUAUAAAAAUAAUAAUAAAAAAUUAAAAAUAAAAUAAUAAUAAAAAAAAUAAUAAAACAAACAAAAAUAAUAAAAACAUAAGUGUGGGGUGAAUGUCCCCUCGACAGCCGGUUUUUAGACCGAGGAAAUGAUAAAGGGAACCACUAGUUUCUAGGCUGAAGGUCCUAGUUAAAGCCCUUAUCGGUGAAUAAGGCAGGUAUUUUCUUCAGUUUUAGUUUUUUUAAAUUAGGGGAAUUAAACCUUUAGAGAAUCCUAAAGACCUUAAUCGGAAAUAAAGGCCCCUCUUAAAGGAGUAAGAGGCAGAGCGACCACAAAGCUGAUUUGUUGGAUUCUGCGAAGACGUUUGCAGUCUAAAGAGGAUAUCCCACCCAAUUCAGGAAGAAUGGGUCUACGUGGUUCCAGAAUGCAAUCUUCCUCAGGGUGAAUUGUUUGACUAUUUGAUAAUGAAAUUUAAAAACAAAGAGUGUGCUUGGUGUGAAUGAAUGUGUGGAAUGAUUUUAAAUGUGGAAUUUUCCCUGCAAAGUCAAUUAGAAGCAGAGAAAAACAAAUAAGGAAAGAAAAUGCUGAACAUAAAUAUUUAGUGGAUAAAUUACUGGCCUUCAUAUUUAAAACAAAAUUUGUUUCGCUUUGAUUUUUUCUCUUUGAACAAAAAUGAUUUUAUUUCUUAAAAGUAUCAAUCAAUAAACUUAUUUAUAAGGGACCCUUUCUUACUAAAGGCAUACUGGAUGGAGAUUAAAUGACUAAAACUAUAUGACCAUGCAAAAGGUUAAAAUAUGAUUCAUAAAUACAUACUGUAUGUAUAGAAAAAACAAGGAAGGUAACAAAACAAGCCCUAAUCAACUUCUACUUGCUUCUCUUUCUCUCUGUCUGAGCCUCACUGCAGUGCAUCUGACCUCUGACCUCAACUCCUCAAACCUGUCCUCCCAUGGACCGGAUGCUGUCCCUUCUACAAAACCAACUGAUGAAAGUGACCAAGAGAAUCAAGAAGAUGAAGAAGACAAAGAAAACCUCCAUCACAUUCAGGGGACGACUGUCAGGUCUCCUGCUGGACAUUCAGACUGAAAACUGAGUGCAACUGAGCUUUAAAAUCCUCCACUGGUCUGAAUCAGUGUGGAGAAAGAAAAGAUAAACAUGCUUCUGAGCUGUGACAGAAGAAGACGAAUAACUGUUUGAUGCCUUUUUCAUCUUUGGACAACAUGGACAUUGACUGAGGGACGAUUUGGACAACCCAAAGAGCCAACACGAGAACCAGUUGGACAGACAGGAAGCCGGAGGAGAGAGAGACGGAGGAUUUCGCUGCAGCGAUGCCAGCAGCAGGAGUGGAAAGGAGCAAAAUAAAAAUAAAAGACAUUUAAGAUAAGUUAUACACACACAUACAGCCACUGCAACGAAGACUGCUUGCUACUAACCCUGUACACAUUUAGAAAUUAGUGAGAAAGAAUGUCUUCAAAAGAGUUUUGUGCCCCUGUUAUCUCUGAGUCCUGAACAGAAGAACCUGUAUUAAAGGUCCUUCGGGUCCAUGAGCCAUAGAUUGAGAAACUGUGAAGGGAAACUGUAAUAACUGUGCUUCUGUAAUGAAAUUAUGCCAUUGAAAUAUAACAAAUAAGAUGUUGGAGAACAUUUUAACCAAAGCUAUGGUUCUGAAAGAAAAGUUUUAAAAUAAAUAAAUCAUUUAAAAGCUGAACUGUUGCAGACACAGAUAGUAAAUAUAAUGUUAUCAAUGAGAAUUACAAAGUGGUCCUAUAUAAAAUACUGGUGUCCCUUGACUUUCCUUUCUUUUUGAAAUUCUAUGCUGUAUUACAUAAAAUAUUACUAAUUUUUUUUCCUUUUGUGUUAAGAAUUACAAAACCUUGCUACUGCUGUGUUUAUAAUGUUUUGGUAUACCAUAUAAUAUUUGGUUGCGUUUAAAUUGAACAAAGGAAAGUUUCUAUAAAAUACAGCUGUGAUAAAUUUGAACUUAGAGGUUAAAAGGAUUUUGUUGUCCUGGAACUACUAGUUAUGAAAAAAACUAAAUAAUUUAAAUAAUUAAUGAAGCGCUUCAGCAAAAACUUGAUCAAUUGGUUGAUAUGAUCCUAAAUUUCUACCUUGAUCUUCACUAACUGAAAUCAUCUGACUAAACCUGACUUGAUGCAGUUUGUUGAUGGUUCUGCAUAAUGUGACCAUGCUACUGAUCUAACCUUGUUUGCUGUUUUGCAUACAUCACCUAUGUUUGGCUCCAUGUUCAAACAUUUUCCUGCUAAAACGUCUGUGCUAGUAGCACUAACUGAUGCAUGAAAACUAAUUGCUUGUGUGCUAUUAUUCUCACUGAUUCCAAGAUUCUUAUUAUGUUGUCUUAUUGCUAAAACUUGUCCACUAUGCUUUGUCGAGCCUCACAGACAGUGAAAACCUUCCUUCCAUUUCCUGCCAAAGUGCUGCAGCCAUCAGACCAGUUGACGGGUUGUGAUGAAGGAUUUUCAGAGGAAGGACUGGAACUCCAAAUGCUGGCAGAGGCCGUUCCAGAGGAUUUUCCAGGUGUAACUGGUGACCAACACACCUGCUGAAGUCCAGGAAGGAACAACCUGAAUCCACACCAACCACUGUGAAGGACUACCUGUCUGUAAUGUGACUACGUCACAACUCUAAAUCUGAAACAACAACAGAUUGGUGUUAAGUGCUAGUAACCUCUGACACCCAACAUUCCAGAAGAGGAAAGAAACGGAAUGAGGGAAUAUGGAAAAUAACAACAACCAUUGGUUGCUUUUGUACGUCAAAAGGCUCCCCAACCAAAGAACUAUUGCUGGUCCACUGGCGAGUGGCCGAAGUGGGGAGUGAAGACUGAAAUAAAUAUUUAGUAAAGAUCCUGAGAGAGAAAGAAGAAAAACAAGGACGUUCAUUACUCAUUGUUCCAGUUACAGACAUUUGUGUUGGUUAUUUCUAAUAUUUCUUGUUGUUGUUGUUUGUUUUCUUUGUAAAUGUUUUAAUGUUUGUUUUUUUUCUCCUCCUUAAUUAGUUUUGUAUUAUGUUUUUAUUUUAUUGUUUCUUGGAUUUUUAUGUCUUUAAUCAUUGGUAUGAUACCUCCUCACUUUUCCUGGACAGAACAUAUACAGGGCCGCCUCCCUGGCAAGGAGGGGUUGCAAGAUAAGUUUUCCUACCCAACUCAGAGAAAAUAUUGUUAUGGAGUAGACAAGGUUGCUGCCGGUAGGUUUUUCGUAUCUUGCGUAUAUGUUCCUUUUGUUACAUCUUCCAGGAUAGUGUUGUGUUAUGACUGAGGAGGGAAAUGUGUUGAUUAAUAUUAAAUAUUUUCAUAUUUAUUUAUAAUCAAAAGGGGGGAAAUGUCAUGGAAAAAUUACUAUAAGGUCACAUUUGCUGGUCAUGUCAUAUGAUAUGCUUAUGAACUAUCACCAAAAGAAUUAUUUGGGUUUCAUGUAGAAGGUUAGAAGUUGUUUUUCCACUACUGCGUCAGAACCAGACUAUCUCUCCCUUUGUUUAAUUCUUUAUCGUUGGUAUAAAACUCAUGUGUUGUCUCUGCCUGGGAGAGCUUAGCAAGCUUUUCAUCCAGACCUGCUUCAUUACUGAUUGUCCUACAAGCUCUCUGUAUUGUGCACAAUAUAUGAAUAAACCUGACUGAGUGAUUUCACCUGAACAGUGCUUGGAAAUAGAAUUUUUUCCACGACAAUUUGGUGCCGUGACCCGGAUCCCUCGACUGGACAUCCGAGGACGUCGACGAACAGCGUUAAGGCGCCAACCUGGACUAAACACCAGCCUCAAACCUCGAUUAGGAUUUAAGAGAGAAGAGGGCUGUUGGUCGGCUCCACGGAUCCAGCGCUGGGAUCAACGAACUCAAAACCACUGUUAUCAGGUGGGAUACUCACUCAGGCUAACAAAUUAAUUUUACAAAUUCUAAAUUAUAAAAUCUAAAAUAGUGAAGGAUCCGAUAAACCUUUCACCCUGGGGAAUAGAGAUUGGCGUGUUAAGAAAAAAACGUUGGGUUAAAGUCCCACGAGAGAAUAAAUAAAAGAAAAGAAAAGAAAAGAAAA